CUCGGAUCUGGAGACUGCAAGAUACCUGAGCGACCGAUCAAGUAUCGUUACACAUUCCAGCCGAGAGAGCCGACAGAACAAAAAAUCUGACAGGUAGCGAGAUCCCUGGAUUCCCGGGCUCAUCAUGAUGCUGAUCGGCCCACCCCACCAAAAGUCUCUGCGAGUCUGUACCGCCAGGUCGUCGGAAGAAACAGCCACCCAACAAUUACUACCUAUAUCGACAACACUAAGCUAUCUUGCGUCCGGUCAAGUGUAAGCAUGGCCUGAUAGAUCUCCAGCCGUUGCGGUAAAUCCGGAUGCAUUAGACCUCGACGGGUCGCAAGUUGCAGCUGAAGUGGACACCUCGACUGUCAGCGUGGUCCCACCCCCUUUUCUCCGGGUUUGUUAAAGCUUGUUCCAUUGUCACCUCCAACAGGAUUUUUGGGCCAGAACCUCAUUCGUUUGCCGCCAACCUCUUCGUUCCUCUCUUUCACCAUGGUGGACCCCGCCACUUAUAUCAACCCGUACCUGACAGCGCCCGAUCGGCUGGUCCUCGAUGAGUUGCUCAAGGAUAGCCAGGCACCCCCCAAAAAGAGGAGAUCAGCGGUUGAAACACAUGCGGACUCAGAUGCCGACGCGACCGUCAGCAAACUGGAGGCCUUCAAUGACCCCCAGCAUGCCGACUUUGUCCCCACGGUCUGGUUCUUCUGGGAUUUGAAAGAUGUCAAGCUUCAUCCUCUUCUGGAUAAAUGGGUGCUGCAACCCUAUAUCAAGACCGCACGUUCCAUCGUCCGUGUGGACACCGACGUGGUCAUGCUCACGCAUCUCCUGCUCUACUUCGCAACCUCUAUCCCAAGUGCUAUCUAUCUCUUCUGCAACUUCCAUUGGGUGCAUGGCGUCCUUCAUUGGCUCAUGCAAUCCUGGUACGUAGGAACCUACACCCUGAUGAUGCACCAGCACAUCCAUAUGGGUGGGAUUCUGAAGAAGCGCUUCUGGUGGUUGUUCGAUCUGCUGUUCCCCUACAUCACGGACCCGCUGAUGGGGCACACUUGGAACUCUUAUUACUACCACCAUGUCAAGCACCACCACGUCGAAGGCAACGGACCUGAAGAUCUCUCCUCGACCAUUCGGUAUCAGCGUGACAGCUUGGCCGACUUUGCCUGCUACGUCGGCCGCUUCUAUCUCUUCAUCUGGCUGGAACUGCCCACCUACUUCCUGCGCAAGGGCAAGGUCUACUUCGCCCUCAAGGCCGCAUUCUGGGAGAUCGGCAGCUACCUGAUGAUGUACCUGAUGUGGAACUACGUCAGCUGGAGGGCCACGCUGUUUGUCUUUGUUCUUCCAUUCCUGCAGCUACGCGUGGGUCUCAUGGUGGGCAACUGGGGACAACAUGCAUUUGUCGAUGAGACAGAUCCCAACUCGGACUUUCGGUCGAGUAUUACUUUGAUUGACGUAGCAAGCAACCGCUUCUGCUACAACGACGGCUACCACACCUCCCACCACCUGAACCCCCGCCGCCACUGGCGCGACCACCCCGUGGCCUUCCUCCGCCAAAAGGACCGCUACGCCGCCGAGCACGCGCUGGUCUUCCGCAAUAUUGACUACAUUAUGAUCACAGUAUGCCUGAUGUGCAAGAACUACCGGUACCUGGCCAAGUGUCUGGUCCCGAUGGGCGACCAGAUCGGGAUGACGCACGAUGAGCUGGCGGAGAUGUUGCGUCGGAAGACCCGACGGUUCAGCGAGGAGGAGAUCAAGCGGAAGUUCAGCUAAUGGUCGAGUCUCCAUGGAUAUUAUAUUGCUUGCUGAUGUACCGCCACUGAACAAUGUGGCAGCCAUCAUAAAGAUAUCCUGUAUAUAAAUGCGCGCAUGUUAUAGACAGACAGACCGGCGCUGUUGCAUAUACGCUUUAAUCUAUUGCUCUCA